AUGAGCAACACGAAGACGCCCUCUCAGGAAAGAAAUCUUGACGUAUUCGUAAAGUUUGUGGGUAGGACAUGCACUAAGAAAUUCAGUAAUGCUUUACUUAAAAUCUCGCGAGCCACUGUAUCUUGCCGUUGCGUACGUGAACAACUAGCACAAAUCGCCAACAAUCGUGAUGAGAACAGAAGAACUAGGAGAAAACUAGAACAAAUUAUCCAAUGUACAACUCAUAUGCGUAUUCGCAAAAACCAACAGAGCCUAUUAAAAUACGUGUUUGAGCGUAUGAGGUCACAACUAUAG